CACACUUGGCAGCCAGGCUGACUAUUGCUGCUCCAGGGCCUCCUCCCAGCCUCAGAUUUCAGCUCAGCACCUCCAGCAGCCUGGCUCAUGGCUCUGCUAUUCUCCUUGAUCCUCGCCAUUUGCACCGGACCUGGUCUCUUAGAUGCCCAUCCAAGCUCCCAUCCCUUUGGAAGGUCUUCGUCCAGUGUGCGGCUGGUGGGAGGUGACCACCACUGUGAAGGGCGGGUGGAGGUACAGCAGGCCGGCGAGUGGGGCACCGUGUGUGAUGAUGGCUGGGAUAAGAAUGAUGCAGCUGUGGUGUGCCGGGAGCUGGGCUGUGGAGCCGUCAAGAGGGCAAUCAGUGGUACUGCAUAUGGGCCACUGACGCAAGAAAAUCAAAAAAUCUUCAUCCAAGAAUUCAAAUGCAAUGGCAUGGAAGAGAGCCUGUCUCAGUGUGAAAGGGAAGAUUUUUUUGACUGCACUCACGAGGAGGACGCAGGAGCUGUAUGUGAGUUCCCAGAGAAUGUGCGGCUGGUUGAUGGCCCUAAGCGCUGCCAGGGCCGAGUAGAGGUGAAGCACCAAGGGCAGUGGGGCACCGUGUGCAAAGCAGGCUGGAGCUUUGCAGCUGCCAAAGUGGUGUGCCGGCAGCUGGGAUGUGGACGGGCCGUACUGACCCGGAAAUGCUGCAACAAAGCCACCCAGGGCCAAGGGCCCAUCUGGCUGAGAAAGGCAUCAUGCUCAGGAAAAGAAAUCAGCCUUCAGGAUUGCCCUUCUGGGGUUUGGGAAAGGAGCAACUGCACCCAUGAUGAGGACAUGUGGGUGGAAUGUGAAGAUCCCUUUGAACUGCAGCUGGUAGGAGGAGACAGCCGCUGCGCCGGGAGGCUGGAGGUGUUGCACAAGGGCGAGUGGGGCACUGUCUGUGACGAUGGCUGGGGAGAAGAAGCCGACCAGGUGGUAUGCAGGCAGCUGGGCUGUGGGGAGUCCCUCUCUCCAUCUGCCAAAUUCCGGAGAAGAUUUGGCCCUGGGGUUGGCCACAUCUGGCUGGAUGACGUUGCUUGCUCAGGGGAGGAGAGGUCCCUGGAGCAGUGCGCGCACAGGUUUUGGGGCCAACACAAUUGCAAACAUGCAGAGGACGUGGCUGUGGUCUGUGCAGAACAGUAGCCUGGCCUACCUGAAGCUCAACCCAACCCCCACAGGCCCCACGUGUCCCCUACUUCUCAUGGACCCUGAUUGGCUUGGCCUGAGCCCUGGGCUACAGGCUGUACCCGCCUCCCACUCUGCCCCCAGCAGCCAUCUGAACCCUGUGCGCUGCCUUGCUCUACAGCCACACACUCCUGUCAUUGCCUGGAGACAUGAGCUGUUGAAUGCCCUCUGCCGGGGAAGAUGAGCCCACAGUCACCCUCUCCUCACUCA